UGUGUGCCGCCGGAUUGGUCCGCGUUACCGGAGCUUCCCAUAUUUGGAGGAGGAGGAUUUUAAAAAGGAGGAUUAAGCAGGUGCUUCUAUGGAAAUGAAAAGUCCUGACGGGGAGCUAACAGGCGGCCCGGGAUGGGCUAAUCGGAGCAGGAAAUGGCUCUUUACCGCGGCCCUUUUGGGAGGAAAAUAUCCCCUUGAGACGGAGUAAUUAAACUCUUAAUUUACUCACGGGAGAAAAAGGAACAGCUUGCCUUGCGCGAGACAACCUUUGGCUGCGGUGGCAGCAUUAAGCCGGAGAUUUUUUUUUCACUCUAUGUUUGCCCCCCCCCAUGUCUAUUGGGAGAGAGAGACAGGGAGAGAGAGAGAGAGAGAGAGAGAGAGAGAGAGAGAGACCAGUGUGUUCCGGGAGGGGGGGCAACGAAAUAACAAGCAGAGUUUCGCUGAGCGUUAAUGAUGUCCUUUUGCUAAGGUGUCAGCGGAAAACGGUUAUAUUCCCGGCUCCCGUAGGCUGGGAAUCACCUCCUCCAAAUCCACCCGGGUACUUUACCUUCACGCUCUCCCCUCUUCUUUCAAUAUGUUUUCCUCUGUGAAUAAUUCAUAUGAUUAUAAGAGCGAAGGAGGGCAAAAAUGGCAGAGGGGGUUAGAUCCCCCUUCAUCUCCUCUCCACCCCCCACCUCCCCAUUUUUUCCUCUGUUGCACGGUUUAAAACAUCUGAAAAUUGCACGAUCGGAAAGAUAGCCCACUCUAGAAUAAUUUAAUUCAUGACAAAACCUAAUUACUGGCAGGUAAUACCCUGUCAACUUUAAUGCAUUUCAUCACUAAUAAUGAAAAGAGUAUUUCAUGACCCGUCUAAUCGCCGUCACAUUUUAGGCUGGAAAUGAAUGGCGUGGAGCACGUAAGUUAACCACCGGUUCUGAUUUUCUCUCUUAAAAUGUGCCAUGGCAUCUAAUUUAGCCGUUUCUUUUUCUUCUUUUCAUGUCUAUGAAAAAACGCGGAGGUCUACACACCCAGCACAUGGAGCGCUCCUGCUCUCAAGGAAAGCGGAGGGGGGGGGGGGGGUAUACUUCACAUGAGCUUUGGAAUAAUAGCAAAUGGACACGUAGGUGCCUGAAACUCCGCGGGAUGACGGGGCGUCCCAUUAAAGGGGGCUCUUCCAGCGGAGGGCUACUGGCACCUUGGAGGGGAAACCUCAACUCCUGCAACAAACGGGCUGAUGUCACUAUAACGACUGGGGCCCUUCGCUCUGCUUUAAUUAAAGCAGUGGGGUUUUACAAAGACACGCUGAUCAGUGGCGGCAAAUCGCAGAAGUUCCACUAAAGGGAAAAGCUUUAUACUGUAAAACUAGGGAGAGGGGAGAUCAAAUAGCAUCUUGCCAUUAUGGUAAUUAAUUUAAUAGCGCUCAUUAGCCUCGUAGUUUGCCUGCCAUGGCGCUUUCUUCCUCCCGUUCUGCAUGCGUAUACGUGCAGGUCCUCUCUUCCUCCUUUAAAAAGCUUGUUCAAUUGGCUGGGAAGAGGGGAGCAGCGUUAGUGCUUUGGGAGGCGGGGAGUGCAUCCGCGUGUUGGGAAAGAUGCAUUGUUUUUUUUGCUACAUUUACACAAACGCAGGCUUAUGUAGCUGCUAGAAACGGAACAUUUCGCUCAGUUCAGUUACCCGACGUCACGCUGAAGUUGGGCUUAACAGUAUACAGAUGCUCUCCGUCCAGCCAGACACCAAGCCCAAGGGCUGUGCUGGCUGCAACCGGAAGAUCAAGGACCGCUACCUACUGAAGGCCCUGGACAAGUACUGGCACGAGGACUGCCUGAAGUGUGCCUGCUGUGACUGCCGGCUUGGCGAGGUGGGCUCCACCCUCUACACCAAGGCCAACCUCAUCCUCUGCCGGCGGGACUACCUGCGGUUGUUCGGAGUGACGGGGAACUGCGCCGCCUGCAGCAAGCUGAUCCCCGCCUUCGAGAUGGUCAUGAGGGCCAAGGACAACGUCUACCACUUGGACUGCUUCGCCUGCCAGCUCUGCAAUCAGAGAUUUUGUGUGGGAGACAAAUUCUUCCUGAAGAACAACAUGAUUCUAUGUCAGACAGACUAUGAAGAAGGACUCAUGAAGGACGGUUAUGCUCCCCAGGUUCGCUGAAGUCAGGCCUCCACCCUGCACCCCCCCCCCCCCCCCCCCCAAGGCCUGUCCCCACUCGCCCCCAAGAGAAAAAGAGAAAACCACACGACGAGCCUGCAAUCAGCCCCUGAAAGCACUCAUACUGUUUUAUCAGCCACCCCCCCUCCCCUAUGUACAUAACCCCUUCUUCACUGCACCCCCUAGGGGACCUGCUGUAUAGAAUGGCUAUAGAUAUUGGACUGAAUUUGGGCAGUGGCACCCAUAACGUCACGAUGGACUGAGUGGGGAGUUUUUUUGUAUUAAUGAAGACUUCAAGCUGCGACCCCAACACACACACACACACACACACACACCUCCAGCCACCAGUUCCCAUAGCCCCUUAACCCUCCAGCUCCCGGCACCAACAAUCGCCUUAUUGGGGACAGCCCCAGUCACCCCGCCCCCCGCCCCCAACCCAGGCCUAAUGGACAGCACCCUUACACACUGUUUGAGGAUAAAAGAAAAGAAAAUAAGAAUUCCCUCCCCCCCCCCCCCAUGAGAUGGAGCCACCAUAAGAUCUCAGGUUGACAGGGGUGUCAGAACAGGGGGUGUCUAAAUUCUCCCUCUGCUCUGAAAUGAGAGAGAUUCACUCUCUUUUUGUAUAGCUCUGCCCUUCUUUUUACCUAUGAUUCCCUUCCCGUCGUUCCAACAUACUUGGGAAUUUUGUUGGUCCUCAAAUGACUGGGCAGAGUUCGGAAGUCUUAAGAAACAUUUUAUUUAAACAAAACCGAGCCCCACGCAACUACGUGAAUUUAACUGCUGUCACCGUCAUGGUGAAAAGCCAUACUGGGGCCUGAUGUCAUCAGCGUGGGCCGGCCUACGCACGUGGUUGUUGCCGUGGUGACUUCUCUAUGUCCCCCCCCCCCCCCAUGGAGAAUUGGCCCCUGUGUGUGUUUGACAAGUCCCUUGCGUUCACUUUUCAGGCGGGCAGCCAUUUUGCAAAACCCGAAGGCCAAUUGAUUUUCCAUUUGGAAUUGACGUUGUAUAUACGUUUGUUUUCCUUUGCUUGCUAUUGUAUAAUGAUUUCUUUUUAAGUGUCAGACAGCAUGAAAUGUUUAUUUUUUGGACUACUCUUGUACAUACUGUAUUGUAAUAAUUUUAAGCACAAGUGUAAUACAGUUUUAUUGUGUUA